AUGAAGGUCUUUGAAAGAAUUCUUUCCGUGGACAAGCUCUUCGACGUGGUCUUUCGUUUGGAGCAGAAGUACGGAAAGCAAAGCUGCUUCCAGCACAUGGCCGUACUUGAAGGGAUUUGCAUCAAGACCAAGAAGUCCGAGGAUCUCCUGUGGAUCUUGGAAAGCAUGGAAGAUCUCUUGAUCCGUGGAGAAUCCAACAACAAAUGCUUCAGUAGCCGAACAUUGAAAGGCGGCCGCACUGGAGGAGGGACCAGAGGGCUCCUGGAUGAGUUCUUGGCCAAGAAGAGCAUUUUUGAGUACGUGUUGGAAGAGUCACAGAAAUGGGGAUUGAAGCCCGCACAUGCCAACGGCAUCAAGAAGGUGAUGAUCUCUCACAGUGAAGUGCGAAAAAGGUUCGAGGAUGGGGCUGACUUGACAUGGCUGGGCCAGCUGACAGAAGCCGAACGCUUGAUCAUCAACAUGCUCAAGAAUGUCGUCUUUCGAUCUGGGCAUGACAGCCAGCUUCGCAACACCUUGAAGGGGUCAACCUUGCCUGCGGACAUCCUAUGCCAUGACCCUUUCAAGACAAUGAUGGAAACUAUCCAUGAAGAGAUUGAGAAGGUGAAGGCGGCAGAGGAAAAAGAAGCAAAUGAAGAUGAGUCAGAUGAAGAUUCUUCAGCCCAGAAGAAUGUCAUCGUGCAUGACCUGUUGCCCCGAAUGUCUUUGGAGCUGGACCAUGAAGAUGAGAAAGCGCAGCAGCUGAUGGCUUUCGCCAAGCAGGCUGAGGAGAUCGUAGAUCAAUUUGUCAAAUUGGUGGUCGAGCAAGACUCAGUGCAGGCAAUGGGCCAGAUCAUGGAAAACUGCGUGUCUCUCACCGGGGCCAAAAGGGCGAUCUUUGUCUAUGACUCCAAGGUUGCAGGAGAGGCGACGGCCCAGUGUCACAUUCGACGGCCUCAGUUUCGCCGUGAGCAUUUUCAGAAGAUUUGCUCCUCAUUCGUCCGAGGCAGAGGUGGACCACAGCCACGAGAGGGCGACUUGGUGAUCUUUUUCGAUGGUGGACGCCAACUUGCUCCUAUGGUUCUCAGUGCGUGUGUGAAGAUUACAAAUGCCGAGGACCAUGGGCAGCAUUGGGAAAAGAAGCAGAGGCAGGAGAUGAUUAUUCAUUACUGCGAGCAGUCCAUCCGAGCUCGCAGGUGCUUGGUGCGAGGCCUCAUUCCGACCCAUGAGGGAAUUCACAUUGUCACCUCUGGGCCCGUGUUGGUGCAGGACAUCCCUCGCAAGAUCUUCUCCGGCAUGAGCUUGAGCACGGCAAUUGGUCCUGUGAAGAUUCUUCCUUUUGAUGAGGAGCAAGGCUUUUGGCUCAUUAGCAAGGAAGAGAAGGAUAAGAUCUAUGGACCUGCUGGAAGAGUCUUGUCCGGAGGAGCGCUGCCUGAUGGCCCAGAUCGUCCAGAUUUGGGGGAAGAUCGUAUUCCAGUGAACUACCAUGUGAUGCCACAGGCGGUGUUCGCAGAGUUGCUGCACUCCUUUCAAGCCAGCGUGAUGGUGAAUGGAACUGAGAUCGAUGGCAAGGGCGCUGAGGCGGCAAUCUUGGCCAAGAAGUCGUACAUUGGUGUUACCUUCACAGAGUAUCAUGCCCAGCAGCUGAGGAAGCUCCUUGUCCGCUUCGUUUGGGAGCAAUUCAAGGACCAAUCCUCUCCGCUCUACAAUGUUGAAGUGCAGACCCUCCUCAAAGCUCUUGGUGGCAAUCCCAAUGCGAGCACGCCCCUUCCUCUUGGUAGCAGUGGUGGCAGUGGCAACACCGUUCAGCCAAGUGCAAGCGGAAGAGGAAAGGGCGGAAGAGGAAAGGGCAAGGGCGGUGGCAAGGCUGGCAGCAAGGCUGGUGGCAAGGCUGGUGGCAAGGCUGCUGGUGGUAAGGCUGCUGGCAAGUCAAAGAGCAAAAAGCGUGCAGCCGGAGAGGAUGAUGGAUCUGAUGGUUCCAAGAAGCAAAAGACAUCAGAGGAAAGCUCCAAGAAGGAAGAGAUCAUGAACAAGCUGAAGAAGCUGACCCAGGGAGGCCUGAUCCAGGACGACGAUGAUGACGAUGAUAUGGCCGACGAGGCCGAAGAGUGA